CUCUGAUUCUCUCAAUUGAGUUUUGGCUGGAACCUGGUGCUUAUUAAUAUUUGAAUUAUAUCUCUCUACAACUGUGUCUAUCAUGUUUUCUGACGUAAUCAAGAAAAAUCAAUACAAUGAAAAGUUAAAUCCGUCCGCCGAGAAUGCAAGAUCGGAAGAGAACAAUAACAGAAAAAAGAGUAAAUGGAUUCCUAUCAAAAUCUUUUUCUCUCGUCAUAAACGCGCACCAUCAAGUACUAGUGCAGUACGGGAAAAGACAGAGCCAGAGAAUCUCGAACCGAUUGUAGAUGAGGAAGUGCUGCCAAGUUGUAACGUUCACCGUGAGAUGUCUCGAGAUACUACACCCAUUGAGUCCAAGUGCCGCACCAGUACCUCGUCACUACGUAGGAAGAAACGACCCGCCCCACAACCUUUCAGUCGCGAGUCGUCCUCUUCCUCAUUCACCGCUCUAUCGAUCAUGGAUCUCAGACGCCGAGACACAAUUGAGCUGGAAACUGUUGUCACCAUCACAACCAUAACGACGGCGACAAAUGAAGGGAAUGAGGUCGAUCAAUUGCCACUAGUCGAUUCAAGCGACGAGACCCACGACGAGAAGUCAUGACAUGAAAUUUUUGAACUGGAUUACCCCGCACGACCAAACACAAGCCAUCUUUCCCUUUGCUCCUUUAUCUCCGUGUUCAUUAAGUCGUGGCGUCUUGAAGUUUUUUUCUACUUGAAUAACGAUCUUCGUGAAAUAUCAAUGCAUUCCCAAUUUCGUGAUUACAACCGAUUGGCGUGGGCAUAUUGACUUGCGUGGGUUGAAAAGAACCUCAUUCACGCUUUUGAUUGACGAAAGUUGCUGCAACCUCGUUCCGUUGAUCUACAUUGGGCGUGAACUAGAAAUAAGAUCAAUUCGAAAUUUUAUUUUUAUUUUUAGAGGGGAGCGAGCCAGUCUACUAGGUGAUCAACAGUUGCCAAAAAACAAUACCUUCCACCUUUUUUCCGAUUAAGAUAAUGAUGAUGAUUAAGAUAAGUACCUGUUUUGCGUAGUUUACUUAUUCAACAUCAAGUCGAUAUGGCCGUCAUUUGUGAAACAGUCAAAGGAUUUGCACUGUGAGAACCCAAUAAGAUUAUAGCUAUUUUACAACGCGAGCAUUAGCUAUCUUACUGGUUAAGCAUCCAUUCGUUACUUAAUAAUUGACAAUACAGUUCGAUGUAAUAGAUGAUGCAAAGAGUCCUUUGACUCUUUUAAUAUACGUAAUCAACAGAU